AUGUGGUCGGGAUGGGAACCGUUUCGAAGCCAGCAAUGCAGAUUUGAGCUAGAAGGGGACAAAGUUCUUGCGAAAUUUGAAGUGAGCAUGCGACACGGUGAUCUCGUUGUUAGAAAGAAGAACAUUACGACAUUGUACACCCAAGCCGUCGGGGAGAGAAGGUUCACGGUGUACGAAGACAAUGACCGCGAGGCCUUACAAGACGGAUGUUUGAUAGUAGGAGAAGCACUGGUUGAUAAGUCGCCAGGUUGCUUGAGCUCAGUCAGGGCUGGAGUAUACGAAGAUGAAGAGUUUGCGAAGAACCUGCCAGCAAAAGGCGAAGAUGUUAUUGGGGAAGAGUUGGGCCAGGUCCAAAGAGACAUUUUUCUGUUGAAGGUUGCUGCACUGGAGCAUGGUGAUAUGAACGCGUUGCAGAGAUGCGUGAAGCUCCUCACCGACUCGAGUGAGGAGAUCACAGAACACAUGAUAUUGACGAACAGGCGACGAGCUGGAGAAUUGGUGCUAGCUUUUUUCCACAGUGUUUCUGUGAGCAGAAAGGGGAGUGGCGGGGUCAAGGGGGGUGGAAGAGAGUUUGAAGCGUUGUUUUCAUUAUUGCAGGAGCUUGUGGAGAAAUCGGCUUUUGACAACUAUGUCGUGGAUGUGGUUCUGGGAUUUCUGAAAUGCGCAGUAGAUCUGAGUAUACCUGAGGAUGUACGAAGCUGCCUCGUAUGGAUGCGAAGGUUGAUAGCAAGAUCACUGAGAUUGGAUAAGUUGGAUUGUCUUUGUCGUAACUUUGAAGAAAUACUUGGAGCGGAACGAGGGCAAGGAGUGGCUAUCCGUCGGAAGCAGUUCUUCAUGGACAGUGAGGUGACCGAGUACGACGUGUGUACUGUUAACAUUUUAGAAAAGACUCUUCUGAAACGCAAGAUUGAGGAGCAUGAUGAUGUCGGGGCGAUGAACAAUCUAGGACUGAUGGUGCAGAAGGGCGCAGAAGGAGUAGAAGCCGAUGCGGUACGCGCAAUGGAUCUGUAUGAGCUUGCAAUAUCGAAAGGCAGGGAUGGCACCGUGAUGCGCAACCUAGGUUGUUUGUUGGAGACCGGAGGGGAGGGGGUCGAGAAGGAUGCGGUACGAGCCAAGGAGUUGUUCGAGCGUGCAAUCAAUGAGCAUGGUCAUGUUGGGGCGAUGAACAAUCUAGGACUGAUGCUGCGUAACGGCGCAGAAGGAGUAGAAGCCGAUGCGGUACGCGCAAUGGAGCUUUAUGAGCUUGCAAUAUCGAAAGGCGAUGACGGCUCUGCGAUGAACAACCUAGGUUGUUUGUUGGAGACCGGAGGGGAGGGGGUCGAGAAGGAUGCGGUACGAGCCAAGGAGUUGUUCGAGCGUGCAAUCAAUGAGCAUGGUCAUGUCGGGGCGAUGAACAAUCUAGGACUGAUGGUGGAGGAGGGCGCAGAAGGAGUAGAAGCCGAUGCGGUACGCGCAAUGGAGCUUUAUGAGCUUGCAAUAUCGAAAGGCAAUGACGGCUCUGCGAUGUACAACCUAGGUUGUUUGUUGGAGACCAGAGGGGAGGGGGUCGAGAAGGAUGCGGUACGAGCCAAGGAGUUGUUCGAGCGAGCAAUCAAUGAGCAUGGUCAUGUCUGGGCGAUGAACGAGCUAGGACUGAUGCUGCAUAAGGGCGCAGAAGGAGUAGAAGCCGAUGUGGUAUGCGCAAUGGAGCUUUAUGAGCUUGCAAUAUCGAAAGGCGAUGACGGCUCUGCAAUGUGCAACCUAGGUCGUUUGUUGGAGACCGGAGGGGAGGGAGUCGAGAAGGAUGCGGUACGAGCCAAGGAGUUGUUCGAGCGCGCAAUCAAUGAGCGUGGUGUUGUCCAGGCGAUGAACAAUCUAGGACUGAUGGUGCAUAACGGGGCAGAAGGAGUAGAAGCCGAUGCGGUACGCGCAAUGGAGCUUUAUGAGCUUACAAUAUCGAAAGGCGAUGACGGCUCUGCGAUGAACAACCUAGGUGGUUUCUUGGAGACCGGAGGGGAGGGGGUCGAGAAGGAUGUGGUACGAGCCAAGGAGUUGUUCGAGCGUGCAAUCAAUGAGCAUGGUCAUGUUUUGGCGAUGAACAAUCUAGGACUGAUGCUGCAUAACGGGGCAGAAGGAGUAGAAGCCGAUGCGGUACGCGCAAUGGAGCUUUAUGAGCUUACAAUAUCGAAAGGCAGGAACGGCAUCGCGAUGUACAACCUAGGCAUCUUGCUGAGAGACGGGGCGGAGGGUUUGGAUUGCAAUUUGGUGCGCGCGGCUGAGCUGUUUGAGAUGGCCAUUGAAGAGAGCAACGAUACAGACGCAAUGGUGGAACUCGGAAAUCUGUUACGCGAUGGAGCGGAAGGAGUCGAGCGGGAUACAGAUCGUGCAUGCAGAUUGUACGAGAGGGCCAUCGAACAGGACAACCAUUCCAAGGCUGUAGAGAAUCUUGCUGCGCUGCGCGAUGCUGAGAUAAAUGAGGUCACAGAAGACGGAGAUUGA